GUCUGAGUGUCUCUCAGUGGCCACUAUAGUCAGAAAUAGCAGGCUUUUAGGGUGACUGUCGUCUUUCUUUGAUAGUUACAAACUAAUGGAGAGAGAAGAGGGGAGGCAGAGAGAAAGAGAGAAGAGAGAGGGAGGGAAGGGGAGGCAGAAGGCAUAGAGAGAGAGAGAGAGAGAGAGAGAGAGAGAGAGAGAGAGAGAGAGAGAGAGAGAGACCGGGCUAAGUGGACAGACCUCACGUUGAGCUCAGAUGAACCUCGGCAUCGUUUUUCCCACGUUGGACGGUUUCAGCUCCGGUAAAGCAGAAGCUGGGAGACGCCACCACUGCCGCCAGCAUACGGUGAUCCUGUGCAGCAUGUGUACUGCAUGGGAAUAUGUGAGGAAAGGAGGCGAAAUGAAGACGCACUCUGGGGAGAUGAAACGAAACACCCAAGCGGGAGCAGAAAACACACUGCAAACAAGCCAUCAUAAUAGCCUACAUCUGAUCAUCUACUUGUCAGCUAUUCCUUGAAACAGAGUAUUUCUUGAACAUUCGAAAUGGCAGCACAUGUUGUGCUUCUUCUUUUUUUAUUCUGCAAAGGGGAAAGAAAUGGCAUUUCAGGGGCUGCUGGCCUUUUGGAGGAAGAUCAGGAUGUAUUAUCAAGCAGAGAGCAACAAGUUUUACCUCACCCAGAGUCCAAGGACAACUUUUUCGUGAGGAUCAAAGAGUUGGAGGAAAGUCAGGCUCAGGAUGCAAGAAGUGAUGCAAGAUCCCUGCCAAAUGUGGCAUUUCAACUAAAUGACACAAAACCCAAUGAUUUUGACUUUAAGAAUAACGCGGCGAGGCGAAUGGUCAUACUUAAACAUCCUGAACCUUCUGCCAAGUCCCUAAUACCUAAACAUAGCCCUGAACUCAGUGUGAACCGCAAGAAAAGAAGCAAUUUGACUAAUGGAGAGGUUGAAGGUGUAAUUAAUGAUCAGAGUCUAGUGCCAAGUUCAGAGGAGGAGGACGCUUUGCAGUCCGGGCUCUAUUUGGAGACAGGUGUCGGCGACGUUCAGCCUGAGCAGACACGAGGCCUCUUUAAGUGGGUCACAGAGUCUGAACAGAAUCGGUCGGAGCCUCGAUCUCGCCAUCGGAGGAGCUGGCUCUGGAACCAGUUCUUUGUGAUUGAGGAGUACAGAGGACCUGAGCCAGUGCUCAUUGGACGGCUGCACACCGAUAUGGAUAAAGGGGACGGACGCACUAAAUACAUGUUGGAGGGAGAGGGGGUGGGCUCUGUGUUCGUGAUCGACAGCAACACAGGCAACAUACAUGUCACCAAGUCCCUGGAUAGGGAGGAGAAGGACCAGUAUCGUCUCAUCGCAACAGCUGUAGACCGCGAGACCGGCCAAGCCCUGGAGCCUUCCUCCGAGUUCAUCAUCAGAGUGCAGGACAUCAACGACAAUCCGCCCAUCUUCCCAGAUGAACCCUAUGUUGCCAUGGUGCCGGAGAUGGCCAACAUAGGCACAUCCAUCAUCCAGGUCACAGCCAGGGAUGCGGAUGAUCCAACAUAUGGAAACAGUGCCCGGCUGGUGUAUGCCAUAACUCAGGGCCAGGACUUUUUCUCUGUGGACCCUCAGACAGGCGUCCUUCGGACAGCCGUACCUGACAUGGACAGAGAGACUCAGGAUGAAUAUCUGGUCGUCCUCCAGGCCAAAGACAUGGGGGGGCAUCUGGGUGGACUAUCAGGGACUACGACCGUCACUGUGAGGCUGAGCGAUGUCAACGACAACCCCCCUCACUUCAGAAGGAGUGCGUGGUCGUUCUCUGUGUCGGAGCUAGCGGCUCCAGGUGUGGAGGUGGGCCGUCUCACUGCGACCGAUCCCGAUCUGGGGGAAAAUGCACAACUGGAGUUUACCAUCAUGGACGCCGACGAGGCCGAAAUAUUCAACGUGACCGGAAGAGACAAAGAGGCAGUCAUUGUGCUGAACAAGCUCCUGGAUUAUGAAAUCCGCAGUUCAUACACUUUCUCCGUGGAAGUUGCAAACACUAUGGUGGACGCUCGGUACAUAAAGAAAGGUCCCUUUAAGGACCAGGCAACAGUCCGGGUCAUGGUCCUUAAUGCUGAUGAGCCGCCACAAUUCUCCCAUGCUCUGUACCAUCUGGAUGUGUCUGAGAACUGCCCUCCUGUCUGCUCCGUUGGUCGGGUCUACGCCAUGGACCCAGACACAGGACAAAGCAGCAACAUCAGGUACUCCAUCGAUCCCCAGUCAGACCCCGAGGCUCUGUUCCGCAUCGGCUCUGACACGGGCUUUAUCAGCACAGUGAUGGAGUUGGACCGUGAGCAGGAGCAGUGGCAUAAUAUCACUGUCAUCGCCACACAGAGGGACAAUCCAAAUCUUGUGUCAAGGGUUGUGGUUGCCAUAGAGACACUAGACCAGAAUGACAAUGCGCCAGAGUUGGACAGGCAAUACACAACAUCAGUAUGUGACUCCAGUGCCCCCGGCCAGGUAGUUCAGGUGCUACGAGCCGUCGACAAGGACCAAGGAGGUCAGGACGCCCCAGUUCACUUCAGCAUCCCGCCAGAGUCCAGUUCUACUGUCAACCUCACUAUCAGGGAAACCGGAGGUUGGCACGGUUCUCAUUUUCCACUUCAAGCAGAACCCAGAAACUCGGCACCAGCCAAAACUGUGGUGUGUGCACUCUCACUGUCACUGCGCCAUCAGAAACGAGACUCCCACUCACCCUUCGAGGAGGAUGAUGUCAGGGAGAACAUCAUAUCCUAUGAUGACGAGGGGGGAGGGGAGGCCGACACCGCAGCUUUUGACAUUACAGCGCUGCAGAGCAUGCACAGAAUACAGCACAUGCAUAACAACAGAAACAUAUGGUACACCCAGCAGAAUCCGCCAAGGGCCAGGACGUACAGCUGGAGUCGUCACAUGCGCCCCGGCCUAGACCCUCAGCAGCGCCCCGGCUCUGCUCCGCUCUACGGACGCCUCUGCUAUGGCAUCCACACACUGCCUGUUCUCAGAGAUUAUCCAGCCGGGCCACUCGAGGCAGGUCUGCAGCUAACCCAGCUCACCCACGGGCUCACUGGAGGUCACUUCGGCAAUUCCCUCGUCAUCCAGAACCAAAGCACCUUUGAGCCUCUUCUGCGCUCCCCUGAGAUGAGCCCUGGAAGUUUCGAAUCAGAACACAUGCUGGGGAAGAGCAAAACUGCAGGCAGGGCUGAGGGAAGUGAAGCAAACGCAGCUGGCACCAAAGAGAAUGAAGACCAGGCCAAGAUAAACCCCACAGAAACAGCGUCGACACCAGCCGACACUGCUGCAGAGUUGACCUACUCUGACCCCAAUGAGUCUUCAUGCCAAAGUCGCACCAGCUUCUCAUCAAACCAACAAGAGGGCCGACCGGGGUCAUCCCAGACUCAGGUCAGCACUGGAGCCACCAGCUGCACGAUGGAUGACAUUGAUACUGAUUCCUCCAUUCCCUCCGUUUCUGAGCAAAAUUAUUCAAACGGUGGUCAGAUGAGCUGCGGAAACCCUCCUGUUUACCUGAAAGGAGACACGUACAGCAUUGUGGGCUCCCUGAACCCAAACAGCAGAGGGACGUGCAUGAACGGGACUAGCGGCGGCGGGUUGUUUCCAACAGGGCUGCAGCUACUGAACAUGUGCAGACUCCAGAGAAAGGAUUUGCCCUCGCAGUCUUUGCCCUUACCUGGGGGGAUGUUCGCUAACAACAGAGGCUGGGCAGAACCUGGGAGAACAGAAGCCGUCGCCCCACAGCCUCUCCGGAUGGAAGAGCUCCUGAACAUCCGUCUGGAUCAGGUCACCUUCGACCUCUCUCAGCCGCCCUACGACUCGCUGCAGACUUAUGAGUUCGAGGGCCGCGAUUCGAGGGCCGAGUCUCUGAGCUCGCUGGAGAGCGACGGAGAGAAGGACGACGUGAGAGUGGUGGGAGGAAUGGAGGAAUUAAAUCAGAAGUUUCAGAGGCUCGUGGACAUCAUCCGAGACCGGGAGAAGGAGAAGGAAGGAGGAGGCGGUGGAGGAGAAGCGACUGAGGGAGGCGUAACGGCAGAUGCUACUCUCAGUGAGACUCAUAAACAAAGUGAGGACAAAGAGAAAGAACAGCAGAGAUGGGAUUUCUAGACUGCAAUAAAAGAAAAGUUGGAGAGAGGAGAACAUCCCCUGACAGUGAUGGAUUUUAAGCACAGCAGGGGUGGGAGAAUACACGGCGUUUGACAGAAAUCGUCUUGUUUUUGCCCCCUCCCGGGAAAAAUCCAGGAGGCUGCCACUAUAGUGAAGAUUUGUGGUGCAAUCAGUGCACAGCGUAUAGUUUUCACCACCACUGUCUUUAGAAAAUGCAUAUGGAACCUGUCACUUUUCACACUUCUGUUGUAACUGAUAUUAAUAAUGCACUUGGGCUUUCAAAGCUAAAGUUAUGAAAAAUUAACUUUUUUUAAAAUAUUGAUUCUGAAGCCCUGAAAGCUGCAUUGUUAGAAAAUAGGCCUCAUCAAAUAUUGACCUGAAUUGUGAUAUUUGAUAUUAAUAGUUUAAUAGGGGCACACUCACCAGAAGAUCCUUGGAAUUUGAAUGCAUUUGCAUCUGAAUUGGAGAAUUUUAAAACCAACACGAGCGUACAUGAUGCAGGCCUCCACUGCCAUGUGUUCACAGAGUCUCUCCAAGGAGCCUCAUUAUAUACAUUUAUAUCAUGUAGCUCCAUAGAGAGAGACACUCCUGCGAUUAUUCACCGUUACAGUAGAAAAUCCUGCUCACUAUGCAAUUUGCACAGUUAGAAAUGAUUAGACUGUCACUGUCAAAGACUUGUGUACUGUUGUGAAAGUACAGUAAAUAAUGUCCAUAUGUAGAUAAACAUCAA